AUGGCUUCACCACGCCUUUUGAAUCGCGUGUCUCGCUUUUUCAGCAUCUCACGACAACCCAGUGAAAUGCAAGACGAGAUGGACGGAGAUUCCAUGUUUUCUUACCCGUCGUCUGUUCGAGAUAGCCCAAGUUCACCGCCACCGUUACGUACAGUACGCCUAGAUGUAUCACCUGAGACCAACAAAGAACAAGUGGAUGCAGCAUUUGACCAAUUGAUGCAAGAGAUCGCAUUAGCAUCCAAUGUGCGUCCCACAUUGACACAGUUGACAACUGAACAAAAGAGCGCCAUGCUACAGUCUUCAUUGUCAUUGCGAGGGGGUAAAAGCAGUAGCAGCAACAUAUUGUUUGGACGUUUCGAUACCCAUCAUCAUACCCAUGGUGGAGGACAAGCACCCAAUAAGACACCGGAACAAAUGAUCCGACAACUUCAGGGCCGAAAAGUGCAGCGCAUAGAUGAAGGAGAGCUUAUGAGUCUGCGUAUCUUUUUACGUAAUGGAGCAGCAAGUUGGACAACAGAAUUUCUUGACAAGGGCGGCUAUGCGUUAUUAACAGACUUGCUACGACAACUUAAGGAAGCACCAAAGCGAACAAGUCAUGACGACAAGCAGCUACAGCACUUGUGCAAGUGCUUCAAGACAAUCAUGACCCAUGAGCCAAAGGGCACUGCCCAAGUGUUGACCCAUACUGAGCCUCUCGAGCAUGUCCGUGAUCUUUUAUUUGGGCCCUCUGAUCCCAAGCGUAAAGCGCUCUACAACUUACAGCUAGCUACUCGUCAACAACUACUCGCCCUAUUAUGUACCUUGCCAACAAUCCAAACAGCACAACCACAUUAUGUCCAUGGCUAUGAUGCGCUUCGACAACUUUUGAUUGAUCGCCCACACGAUAUAGUCGAAUCAUCAGACUCCAAAGAACCUUUCCGCAUGCGUCUCAAAGCAGAUCCAGAAACGGUCAUGCGUACCAUAGCUCCAGGUGUAUCACGUCCACGUUACACAGCCUGGAUGCGAGAGUUGCAGCUUACAGUUGAUCGGCACAUUGAACCAAUGACCUAUCUGGCUCAGGUUCUCGAUUACAAUUUUGAAAGUGCGUUUAGGCAAUUGAAGACACGCUCUGGAAAUCCAUAUGAGCAACAUCAGCAAUUAGACCAACAGCAACAGCCAACAGUGAUGGUGGAUGAAGGCGUGGUGGACUAUGUGAUUUCCCACUUGCGAUUGAUAUGCACCCUAGUGACAACACCAGCUACAUGUUUCCGGGGUACAUACGACAAGUAUGAGCAAGAAAAGAUGAGACUUGAGAUCAUGGUUUCAGGAUUCGACAAGGUAGCGAAAUGUCUUUACAGAUGUCCACAUCCCACUCUAUACGCUUCCUAUAUCAGAUACCUCCAACCACUUCUCGAGCCAUGGGCCGAUAUCACCCCUCGCCAUUCCCAUAAUCAAAAUUCACCACAUACCCCCAACGACGAUGAUGAUAAUGAUGAUGACGAUGAUCAAUGGACCGAUGAAGAUGAUAUAGUGCACGAGAACAGUAAUAAUAGUAAUCCCAUGUUAUGA